UGGACACUGUUGUGACGGCGAAACGUCGUCUCCGGGUGAACGAUAGCUCUGACAGCAUCGAAACAGUUAAUGGUAGUUAGCGACAGUUGCUCUGACAAACCCUCGGAGGAGUAACAAGUGUUUACUGUUGAGAAGUUUACUUUUUAUUUUGCGAGUUAGAUUUCAAACGCCAACACUCAAACUUUUCUUUAUUGAUUUCGGGUCAUUCUGGAAUACAUACAUUUUGGUUAAAAAAUUUAGUUUAACGUCUUUUAACAAACUUUUAGAGCUCCGUUUUGAGAGAAGGAACAUGAUCUAAAAUGCGUUAAAGCGGAGCCAUCAGAGAGGAACAUCAGGAUGACAGAGCCAGCGGGACGGACCCAUCACCUGAAAACUUCAGGCAGCCCAUCAGGUGGGAGCAGCGGAGACGCGUUGGAGCAUCUCCCAGCCAAAAGCCAUGGUGGACCGGAGAACGGCAACAGGGGGCGACAGAGAGAGCAGAAGCAGCGGCAGCGGGCGGAGAACUGUGGAGAUAUCAACACAGACAAGUUGUGGCAAAUGAAAGGCGGACAGAGGGAGGUGUGCCCUGUCUUAGUAGCCGGAAACGAGCUCUCAAAGUGUCCGAUUGAAGCCCAGCCUCACCAGAAACCUGAUGUCCAUGCAGUGGGUGAUGGUAAUCACAUCAUAAGGGGGAAAAACGGUGAAGACAGCCCGCUGGAAGAUACUUUAAACCCGGUGCAAGAUGAUAGUCACGUCGACUCCGACACUGGCUUGGAUGCGCGUCUGGGCAAGAAGAGGCAUAGGCGCAGGACCUCCAGGAAGAAGCGCAACUGGAAGCCUUAUUACAAACUUAACUGGGACGAGAGGAAAGCCCUGGAAGAGAAAGAGACGGCCAGGGCUUCCCGUUUGAGAGAGGAGAUGUUCGCCAAAGGGCUCCCAGUGGCCCCCUAUAACACCACCCAGUUCCUGAUGGACGAGCACGACCGAGAGGAGCCCGACCUCAACACCGAGACCGGGGUCAGGCGGACCUCAGGGGUCGGGACCCGCAUGGAGGACACGGGCAGCGAGGAUGACUUCUUCGAUAACGAGGAGGAGGACGAUGGGGACGGCAGCGGCGGAGGCAGCGACGGUAUUGGGAGACCUGGGAACGCAGGUGGAGAGUUUCUCCAGAGAGACUUUUCCGAGACCUACGAGAUGUACCACGUCGAGAGCUUGCAGAACAUGACCAAGCAGGAGCUGGUGCAGGAGUACCUGGAGCUGGAGAAGUGCAUGUCCCGGUUGGAGGAGGAGAACAACCGGCUGAGGCGCGCCGUACCCGAGACCCCUGGUCCGGCUCGGGAGCUGGAGAGACUGAGGGCCCAAAACACGGAGCUCCUUCUGCAGAACCAGCCGAGCAAUGAACGGGGGCCACAUCUCUACCAAUUAAAGGACAUAAUUUAAGUAGGGAAAUGCCCCUUUCAAAAAGGUAAAAUAUGGGACUGCUGCAUUUUUUUGUUUUUCAAAUUGCUAUCAGUUUUUUCUGUAAUCAGUUUGUCAUUUGGACGACGGGUCCUUGCAUUGCAAUGCAAUACUUUAAUUUCUAUUUGGUCUUGUUAAAAAAAAAAAAAGAGAGAAAAAAAAAUUCAAGAAGAAAUGUAAAUAUUAAAAAAUAAUAUUCUUUUUAUAAAGGGAAUGUAUUUGAUAAAACGAGAAUACUUUGUUUGUUUCCCGGGUCAACUCUGUAGGUAUCCAUUGACAUUAUACUGUUCCAUUUCUGAAUUAAAAAAAAAAAAAAACCGUAUGUUGUAUUCUCCUCCAAACAUGAAUAACAAAUUCCAGAUAAUUGGGUCAAGCUCGCAAAGACUGUUUUUGCAGAAGUAAAUUCCAGAGUAAAUAUUUUAACAGUUGUGUGUUAACAUAAGUUCAAAUAAAAUUUUGAAAUUUC